GCGUGCUGCAGUCUGCAGCGCAGCGGAAGCACUGAGUCAUGGAAACAUAGAUCAUGGACGGCGCUCUACCCAAACUUUGACUUCUUCUUAUCCACAUGAGAGGGAACCCGUUUCCACAACUUAAAAUGCGUCGACCUCGUGAAGGGAACAUCGCUCUGAACGUGGUUUUGUUGCUGUAUUUGUUCGGUUCUUUAGCCCCUUCCUUAGUCUCCUCCAUCACAGUGAACACCCCAGCAGAGCUCCAUGCAUUUAAAGGGGAUACCAUCACAUUGUCCUGCACUUUCACUUCCACCAGUACGCCGACCAGUAAGAUGACAGUCGACUGGUCUUAUAGGCCCCAGAGUGGAGGGCCGCCACUGACGGUGAGUUUCUUCCACUUCUCCUCACGGGCGUUCCUACCUCCCGACGGUCAGUUUUCUGGUCGAAUCCAGUGGCAGGGAACCCCAGCGCGUGGAGAAGCCUCCAUCGCCCUGAUCAACGCCACGUUGAACGAUAAUGGGACCUACACGUGCUCCGUCAGAAACCCCCCUGAUGUUCACGGGUCGCCGACGUCACACACUGUACUCACUGUCACACCAAAAGCGCCCAGCAUUCGCUUCUCUGAUGUUGCGGUGCUCCUCGCUUUCAUCCUCCUCCCCUCCGCCAUCAUCACCCUCAUUCUGAUUGGACGGAUGCUCUGUCCCAAGAAACAGCGCAGCCAAUCGAAGGCCUACAGGUCGCCCAUAGAGGUCACAGAGGGAGAGGAGUACGGCGUCCACCCACCGGAGGCCAAAGAAAAGAGGGCCUCCUGCUGUGACCUAUAUAUGCUGGAUUCGGAGGACGAAGAUGAGUAUUACGACGAAAAAAAGAUGCCCCCUGUGGAUGAAGGCUAUGCUGAGUCCCAGUUCUAGAGAGGCCCUGCUGGAUGGGAGGUGUAGCUGCAACAUCUAAACCUACUGGUGCCUUACACGUGGUGGGAGGUACUGAAUGCUGGAUUCAUAUCUUCUUUGCCACAGUCAACCACUUACCCACUCACUUUGGUGAUGUUUACCUUUGUGGUGACCCCCUUUUUGAAUAAUACUUUUGUCUGCAUCUCCAGCAUUAUAUUUACAUGAUAAAUGAUGUCUAUAAUUUGAUUUACGUGUUGCCUACAAGCUCCUAAAUUUUCAAGACCAAGGCAGAGGUCUUCAUUCCUACAUUUUAGAGCUUGUAGUCUUGAUGAGAUAUUAUUUGUUUAUUCUGCCUGUACAGGAAAGCAGCUACUGACCCUGUACAUGCAAACACACACACACACACACACACACACACACAGAUGAGCACUACAUGUAUUUUUAUAUCUUGAUGAUUUAUAAGUGUCACUUUUCUUAUUGUGAAGGAGAUAAAUGUCUAAUUUAUUGCCUGUCUCAGAGCGGCUGUAUGAAAUCUGUCGAUAUCUUUUGUUUAGUUGUAGUGGAACAUUUCUGUUAUAUCUUUAAUAUUUGGACAGAAAAUAAAUGGUUUGAUUUUGAAUGGCAACAAUGACCACCUAGUACUAUUUAUGCAGUAUAUUGUACAGUAUAUUUCCUUUAUUUUCAUGUCAUUAUUUCAACAUCAGCAGAAAAUGUGUCAUCUUACUACUCCUUUUAUUUUGGGGACGUCUGAGUUUGGAUGUGGUGUUUCAUGGAUGUGGAUAUUUCAUGUGAUAAAACAGGAUUGAUUUUUUGUUUUGGAUGCGCAACUUUGCUUUGUUAAUUAAUUGUUUUGCAACAUUUUUGCCUGAAUAAAUAGUUUAAGAUAAGCAAAUUAUUUUGGCUUUGUGAGGGAAUGAACAUGACUUCUUAAAAAGGUGCUUCCAGUGAGUUAAUAAAAAUAAUUUGUUCAUUAAAUUGAUGACCGUUUGCAAACAGAGACCGUUUGUUGGUAAAGCUGAUGCGGCCACCAUUUCCUCCUCUGCUCUCUCUUUGUUUGGUCUUUUGCACUAUUCAUGAAUGCUCUUGAAUAUUCCUUUAAAAACUCCAAGGACGGGCUGGAGUCCCGGAGCUUCACUCACAAAUUGCGGCAGCAUCUGUUUCAUCUACACAGUCGUGGGACUCGAGAGUCAUAAAAAGGACCUAAUAAAAACCUGCCAAUGAAACACACAGUAAACGAUAA